AGAAAUGGGCACUUGCCUGAAGCGAUUCUAUUGCCCAAAUAAACCAGUUUGUAGCACCGGUCGUCGUGCUACCUUCUAUUAUCCCGGCGGUGGCAAAUAUGCCGGAUAUUGGCUCUGCAACCAGCACCAUGGUUGGGGCGUGAAGACCACAGCCAAACGUACCGCCGAAUACUUUGCGUACAAAAAAGACCCGGAUGGUCAGCUGGUUUAUAAGGGCGAUUGGGUGGAGGGGAAGCGGCAGGGGAUUGGCUCAAUGUUUCGCAAGCGCGGAGGCGAUUUCCAGUUGAUAUAUGCCGGAAAAUGGUACGAUGACAUGAAGUGCGGCGAGGGUAAGCAAUUCUAUCCAGAUGGUUGUGUCUACUUUGGGAAUUGGCUGAGAAAUCGACGCCAUGGCUUGGGCAUACAGUGGUACGGAGAUGGUGGCAUUUAUCUGGGUGAAUGGGAGACUGGCUUCAGGCACGGACUCGGAGUCAUGUUUUACCCCAAUGGCAAUCGCUAUGAGGGACACUUUGCACGCGGCUAUAAAAAUGGCGAAGGUGUCUUCUAUCACAUGCAUACGGGCCAGAUCCAGAAGGGAAUGUGGGAGAACGAUAAUGCCAAGGUGUCAGUGAUGCAGGAUGAGCAGAUUAGGCAGGAGGGCGAUAAGCCCACUCCCUAUCCCAUUCCUCAGAACUCGCUUAAGUAUCCCAAUGAGAUAAUGCGUGAACUCUUCCAACGCUACAAGCCGCUGGGUGAAAAACCAAGACGCCGUUUCAAUGACAAAGUCUGCCUGGAAUUUGUACACAAACAACGACACUUUGCCAGCUUCGAGCAGCGCUUCAAUUCAAAUACAGGAGUCGAUCUAUAUAAGGACUAUGGCUUCGCAUGCACCUGUGAACCACGCGAGGCCUAUAUGUUGUUGAGCUCACCUAACUAGAUAUGACCUUUUAAUUCAGUUCUGAUUUGAUAUUCGUUGUUAAUGCUUAGUUCAAUUCUUGACAUAUUGCUGAGCAGUGUAGGAGUCUUUCGUGUAUAGUAUGUACAAAAUUGAUUUAAGUCAUUUGUUGAAAAAUAUUUCAGGGUUAUAUUGUCGUCCCUAUAUCUGCAUAAAUGUGCGGGAGUAGGUGGAAUUACGUAAAUAAAAAGAUGCAAGUUUGCAACCUUGCGCCACAAA